AAAAACUGAUGCGGUUACAAGCAGUGAAAAACAAGAUACCUAUGUGGAAAAAAAUAGCACAGGAGUAUAACAGUGCGGGGCCCUCUUGCCCAAGAGCUGUGGAAUGCUUAAAAUGAUGUUAUGAAAACAGGAAAAAACUGUUGAGAAAAUCAGUAGCUGCUGAAAGACGGGAAAUUUAUAAAACUGGAGGUGGCCUGCCAGACAACCAAGCAAAAAAGGAACCACUUGAUGAUUUCCUUAUGUCUAUUGUUUCCAAUAAAAGUGUACAAGGCCUUGAGACCCCUUUUGGUGGAGAUGCAAUUAUAAACAUCAAUUCUUCAAACCCAACAACUUCCCAAGAGUCACAGGACGUAAUCUUAGAAGACAAUGCUAUUGAAUUCAUCUUUGAGAAUGAUCAUGAAGAUAGUAUUUUUGAGUUUGAGGAUACCAUUGAGGAAAAGAAAGCCUCACAAGGAAAACCAGAAGAAAAAAAGAGAAAAGCAACGACGUCAAUGGAAAGUGAAACACAAAAAUUAAAACAAAAUCAAUCAAAGAACUGGAAACGCUACACAGUUCAAGAUUUGAAAUCAGCCACAGACAGUGCACUCAAUCCAGAGUCAAUCCUAGCAACACCCAGCAACACAACAUCCAGGCGAAGGCCUAGAACAUUUGUGAAAACAUUGGCAGCCUCUGAUUUAUCAGAAAAAUAUGAUAAAUUAGUAAGCGAGAGACUAGAAAUUGCAAACUAUCAAAAACAAGUGUUGCAAAACCAAAUAAAAGCAGAGUUGAAAGAACAUGAGCUCAGAGUGGAGCUUCUAACUCUCCAAAUCCAAAGGGAAAAGCAACUGAAAUAG